CUUCGAUUGAAGAUAAUGUACGUAAUGUAGUAGUUUAUUGAUCUAAUAAUGUCUUAAAUGUUUCCUAUGACCUGGCUUGGCAAUAGAUUGAAAUAAAAGUUCGGAAUUUGAUUAUGGAUCCAUGGUGAACUUUUCAUGUUUGGCGUUAAAAAUGGGAAGCAGUGAUUUUUGUAGCUAAUAUAAUCAUCUAACAAAAUUUCUUCCUGCUAUGAAAAAUGGGAAAAAAAUUAUUACUUUAGUUGGUCUAACAAUAAUUUCUUUUAAAGUGAAUUGCAGGAAGAGUUUGGAAUUUGGGAAUUUCAACCAAUUAGAAAUUUUGAUAAUGCUGUUAUUUAUCAUGAAUGUUUGAUUAUUAAGUACGAUAGAAAAAUAAAAAAACGCUCUCUGCUUAGUACGGCAAGUUGAUGACAUGUUAUGUUAGUCACGCUUAAUAGCCAUGAAUCAUGGGAUUUGUGCUUAUACAAUGCUUGAAACUCUACAGCUAUUCAUCGCUUCAACCUGGAGGACCUUCUGAUACUAGAAACAUUGAAGUGCCAAACGUUGGAUAUUCUUCAGAAGACAUUGAGCGUUUAAGAAUCCAAGAUAUUGGAGAAGGCAAAGUGAAGAUUAGGCUUUAUGAGGGAAGAGUUGUUAAAGGUCCUUUUCAAGGAGUUAGAGUGAUUUUUAAGGUUUAUCCUGGUCGACGUGCUGGUGGCAUUGAAGCAGAUAUGAUGGCUGCCAAUGAGCUGAAUUGUCAUGCUUCUCUUCAAGAAGAUUCAAAAAUUGUUUCUGAAAAUAUCCAGAUCUUGUUAGGCGGUUUCGAGACUAGAACUGGAGAGCAGUGGCUUGCUUUUCGUAAUGAUGGGAUAUAUAGUGCAGCGGACUACGCCAAAGUUAGAAGUGAAGGAAUUUCAAAGGAUAUUGCUAAUACUAAACAAACUAUCUGGCCUUCUUUGGACGGAGAAGGGAAAUUUAAGCGUCGAAGAUUUUUUGUUAUCAAAUUGCUUAACGGUGCUAUAAAUGGCUUGGCCUUUAUGCAUGAUCAUGAUAGGUUACACCAGAGCAUCGGGCCUGCUUCUGUUGUGCUCAAUACAAUAUCAGAAGGAGAGGCGACUUAUUUAGUGCCCCGUCUCCGGGAUUUGGCCUUUUCUGUUGACAUCAGGUAUACAUCAUUAGAAGCAGGUACUGGCCCUCUGUCCGAAGGAUUAUGGCGCCGGGCCAUUGGAGCUGGUGCAUAUAGCCCUUUAGAAAAAAGAGCAUUCGGGAUAGCUGAUGACAUUUAUGAAGCAGGGCUUCUAUUUGCAUACUUGGCUUUUGUUCCAUUUUGUGAAAUGGGAGUUAUGGACGGUCUCUCAUUGCGAAGGCUUUUUGAAACUACUUUCCAGCUUGACCUUGCCGCAGCAAGAGAGUAAGAGCCUCUCCUUUAUUUGAUCAACUCGAUCACCCUUGCAAUGGAUCAUCAUACUUUUAUUUAUGCCUUUAUCUCUGAGUUUGAAUUGCAAGAAGCUGUGGGAAGGCAUAUGAUAAAACAAAUGAAAGAUUUGGAUUUAGUUUUACAUUAGAUUUUAGAAAAAUAUAUUGAUAUAGAAUAUCUAAUGGUUGGCCCUCAGUUAUAGGCUCAAGUGUUUGGAUUUAAAAUGAAUUUGAUCAUUUGUGUAUUUAGCCCAACUUUAGAUUUACAAUCUCUGACAAGUGUUAUUGAAGUCAAUUGUUUGGUUUAUAUUGAGUGGUUGAUGAGGUCUGUGGCUCCCAUUUGUAUAGUGAUUUCUACCAAAGUUGAACAAAGUUUAAGAGCAGAUAAGCCUCAUGGUAGCUCCUUGUAGUUGA